UCACAAAGUUUCAUUUUCAUUCAUCAGACAGAUCAGAGACAUCACAUACAUAUUAACACGACAAAAAAUGUCGAAAAUAUUUUUCCAUAUAUUUUUUGUUAUCUCUGCAGCUUUGGUUGCCGUUUAUGGGGUAAGCACGAAAUGCGAGAAAACUGUCACAACCGCAACUCUUAAUGGUCUUAAAAAAUCAUUGAACGAAAAAAAAGUUUGUUCCGGAGAUUUGAUAUUUGAAGAAACCUUUGAUAGUUUCGACCUGAAUGUAUGGCAACACGAUAUCACUUUUAAUGGUGACCAAAAAUGGGAAUUUCAAUGGUACACAAACAAUCGAAGCAAUUCUUUUGUCGAAGACGGAUGUUUGAAUCUUCGUCCUUCAAUCACAGCCGAUGAUUUUGGUGAACUAUUUCUACACACUGGGACGUUGGACUUAAAUGGAGCUCUGAACGAACAAUGUACAGAUGCAAGAAAUUCAGGUUGCAAACGUAGUGGAAGUCAUAUGAACAUCAUAAAUCCUAUCAAGAGUGCAAGAGUCAGAACCUUCAAUUCAUUCGCAUUUAAAUAUGGAAAAGUCGAAAUUAAUGCAAAAAUGCCAUCAGGAGAUUGGCUUUUACCAUCUAUUAAGUUUUUACCAAAAAUUAAUGCAUACGGUUUAUGGCCAGCAUCAGGUGAAAUUGACUUAGUUGAGUCAAGAGGUAAUCGUGAUCUGCUUAAAGAUGGAUUCAACAUUGACAAUGAUCAAAUUACAUCGUCUUUGCAUUUUGGUCCUUACAUAAAUGUUGAUGCUUGGAAAAAAACGUCGUUCCCUAGGAAUUCAAGCGAAAAGGGCAAAGGAUUUAACAACACUUUUCAUCGCUAUCAAAUGGAAUGGAGUGCUGACAAAAUCACUUUCAGUGUUGACGAUAUUGAAACUUCAACGGUGAAGCCUAAAAGCGGAUUUUGGGAAAUAGGAGAUUUUGAUUUAAAGCUUCCGUCUAUCAACAAUCCUUGGGCUACAGGAUCGAAGCUAGCACCUUUUGAUCAGGAAUUUUAUCUCUCUAUUAAUCUUGCUGUAGGCGGCGAAGGUUUCUUUCCAGAUCACACUGUAAAUGUUGUGUCAGAAAAGGCAUGGAAUAAAGAAUCAGUAAAUGCCAUGAAUGAUUUUUGGUAUGCUAGAAAUACUUGGUUGCCAACAUGGAAAAUUCACGAAAAUCGAACAAAAGAAGCAUCACUUUUGAUCGAUUAUAUUCGUGUAUGGGCUUUAUAAAAUAUAAAUAAGAUUUCGUCUGUUUUAAAUCAAUACAUGUUUCAAAUU